CGUAAAACCAAACCAAAACAUUUGUUUCUCUGUUGUUUGUCUCAAACUCAAAUGGUUGACCGUCCUACCGAUGUGGUCGUAGAAGUCGGUUCUUCCGGCAGAACUAUUUUCCGACCGGACGAGACUCCGACUCCAGAACCUCGGAGACCAACACAAUUGCCGCCAGUUCCUGCACCGGAGAAAAAACUGACCCUUUUUGCCUUAAGACUCGCUGUUCUUGAGAAGAUUGCUUCAGGGUUGGGAUCUUUAGGUUUCGUGUGGGCCACGGUUGUUCUUCUUGGUGGAUUCGCUGGAAGUUUAGAGAUAACAGAUUUCUGGUUUGUUACUGUGAUUCUUGUUAUUGAAGGAGCUAGGCUUUUCAGUAGAAGCCACGAGCUUGAACUGCAGCAUCAGUCUAAGUACACAAUCUCUGGAAUCAACAUCUUCCGGUUCCUUGUCAAACAAAUUAACCAAAUAUUUCACCAGGUGGCUCACAUUGCCGGAGACGACAAUAGACCAUCGGUUCGAGAAACGAGAACCGUACAAAGGAAUUCGGGACACAUCACGCGGACAAGGACAUGGAAAAGCUCAGAUGUUCCUAUGUUGCCUUACACAGGAUGGGUUUUUGUUUCAAGAAACGUGAGUAGAAUCUUCUAUUGGCUCCAGAUUGCUUCUGCUUUCGCCAGCAUUUUUAUCUCCACGAUCCAACUCAUCAAACAAGACUAUGGAGGCAACGACUUGAAACCCAAAAGCACCAAUCUUCACGCAGCUUUGACUCUCUUCUACUCUCUAGCCCUAGCCGAGGCUCUUCUGUUCCUUGUUGAGAAAGCUUACUGGGAAUAUAUGAUUAGUGUUAUCCACAUUCUUGAGAAAGUGAAUGAAGAAUGCGGUCUUGAGAGAUUUGGUACGGGAUCGGUGAGAAGAUUCUUCUAUGAUGCCUACUCAAGAUGCCUCAACGGGAGCAUCUUCGACGGAUUGAAGAUGGAUAUGGUGAUCUUUGCCAUGGAGCUCUUGGUAGCGAAUUCUCUUGAUGAGCAGCUCAUUGGAGCAGAGAUUCUUUCGAUAUUCUCAACCCACGACGACUAUUCGGUUGAUACUUUGCAGAAGAUUGGGACAAAUCUUGCAAUCAUAGAAAGGUUAGUGGAGAUGUUGAAUUGGAGAGACAAAAAUCAAGAAGAUGUGAGAAUGUCAGCUGCAGAGAUUCUCUCAAGAUUAGCUAGUAAGAAGCAGAACUCUCUGAGAGUUGCGGGGAUCCCGGGAGCGAUUGAGUCGAUAUCUUCUCUUUUAGAGAGCACGAGAGAUUCAGGUGAAGCCACUGAUGAGAUUGGAGAACAGAGUAUAAACCAUUCAAAUUUAUGGACAUUGAACAAUCUUGGACUGCUGAUUCUGAAAAGGCUAGCUCGAGAUCAUGAGAACUGUGGAAAAAUUGGGAAAACAAAAGGGUUACUUUCAAAGAUCAUUGACUUCACUUAUGCUGAGAAGAAUUUGUUGGAAAAUCCAAAUGUUGCUGUUGCAGAGCCUUAUAAGAUCUUGGCUGUGAAACGGUCUUUGAAGCUGUUAAAGAAGCUGGUGAGCACGACAGGCACAACAGGGAAGAACUUGAGGAUGACUAUCUCUGGGAUUGUCUUCACAGUGAGCAACAUUAGGGAAACAUUACAUCAUGGAAAGAGUCAGCCUCAUUUGCAGAAGCUUGGUGCAGAGAUUUUGACUUUCCUUGCGUUUGAAGAAGGUGCAACCGAGAAAAUCGGAGGCACGGGCGGGGUUUUGAAAGGGCUUCUCUGCAUAUUCUUGAACAAUGAGAUUCCAAAGGACAAAAGUGGUGUGAGAGUCUCUGCUGGUGAAUCUGUUGCUAUGCUAGCUCAAGGAAGUAAAAGCAAUUGCCAAAAGAUAUUGAGAGCAAAUGUUCUUAAGGGACUCGUUGAAGCGUUGGACAACCCGUUGAUUCGGUUGAAUGCAGCGAGGAUCUUGCGUAAUCUCUGUGCAUAUACAGCUCCUGGUCAGUUCAAUGAACAGAUGAAGGAAGUUAUUAAAUCUGCAGGAGCAACAGUUCUUAAGGCAAUAAAGUCUGAAGAGAGGAAACCUCAAGAAGUUAUGGUGGGAUUAGCACCACAUAUUCUCAAGUUAAUGAAUACUCCCGAAGAAUUGAGAGGGAUGUUCGAGGAAGCCGGAGUAACCGAGGAAGAACUAGCCAAGGCAUUAAUCAAUAUCCUCAAGAGAUAUGAACAGCCAGUUCCAAAGGUUCCAAGAAUCAGGAGGUUUGCAAUAGAGCUAACCAUUGCGAUGAUGAAAGCUAACGUUGAGACUGUCAAGACCUUCCAAAACCUUGAGAUGAAGAAUGAAUUAGAGACCGUCUUUGAGACCGCGGCUGAGCUUGAGAACUUUGAUAUAUUUUCUGGCACGGUCGGUUUGGCACGCCAUGGUUCAACUAUCAAUGAACUCAUUGAAGAAGCAAUGCUGUUGUUGAGGUAGACAAAAGUUCUCAUAUGUAACAAUUUUAAAGACAUUGACUGUCUCAACCCCAAAUUGUAUUGAACUAAUUGUCUUUGCUCAACAAGUUUAUCAAAUGGACUAUUUUCUCUU